AGGAAAUAGAGAACAAAGAAACAAUUGAUGAUGGAACCCAGGAGAAACAAGUGUCGGAUUGGGUGAAGACUGAGCAUGCUAACAGUAUUGUAUCUUCAAUAUUUGAUGCAGCAGAUGAUUGCAACAUGGGUCAAUUUCUACAGCUCGAGCUUCCUUCUGGUUUUUACUCGCAGCACCCGGUGCAUAACAAUGCAGAACCAUUGCAUGCAGACAAUAGUGUUGCAUCUCCAAUAUCUGAUGACGCAAUUGAUUGCAACAUGGGUCAAUUCCUACAGCUUGGGUUCCCUUCUGGUUGUAGCUCGCAGUCCCCGAUACAUAACAAUGCAGAACCAUCGAAUUGAACAUGUGCUGGCAUGGCGCACACACUGCACCGGUAGGUGUCUCGCUAGGGUGUGGGCGUUGAUAUCUAAAUCCCUAUCAACAUUAACCAAAUUGUUGUCAUCUUCGUAAAAUGUAUAAUGUGUUAAAUACAAAAUUAGUUUCUUCUCCAACUUGAUUGUUUGUUUAUUGGCAUUAUCUUGGCA